GAGUUCGGAUUGUGAAUUGCGCGGCUCAGUUCGACGAGUGACGUUGUACGAGCAACGACGGCUAGAACUGUAUUCCGCGGCCGCGAAUACUUGUUAAGUGGUCACGUUACGAUUUGCCAUGAGUGCACUGAAACUGAAACCUCUGGAAGAUUCAAACCUCUACAAACGUCGCGCGACGUCGAAAGAAAAUCUGAUACAUCCGGGAGGCUUGGGCAGCGCAGAACCAACGUCGAUGGCGGCCGAGUUUUCCAUGCUACAGUCACCGACGGCCGCAACGAAGCCAUCGUAUAUUGGCAGUUAUCCAACUCCGGCACAACUGGAAUGCUACUAUCAGCAACCGAAGUCACCGAUAACGGUUCAACCGGCGGGGGCCACGGGUAGUUCACAAACACCCAGCAGAAGCACUAAUGUGUUGGUGCCACAGGGUUUGCCGCCCGGGCCGGGAACGCUGACGCCAGCAGUUUCUACGGGGCCAAGCAAACAUCCUUACUACAGCAAUUCAACGGGAACCGUGCCACACAGCGCCAAUCGGGCAACCGGUCCGCCGCAGAGUGGAGUUUAUCAAAACGUUUUGGGUGGUCGGCCUGAACCAAUUGAAAAGUCGCUCGUUCCAUCUGGUGGUGGCGCUGGAGGCAAUCUUUCGAUUCCACCGGUUCAGCAGAGAGCGUACCAGAACCUUCCGUUCCCGUCUUUACCGCAAACACCGGACACGCCGGGCAAAAGGAUGGAAUCGAGAGAACAGUUUGGCAGAACACACCUGCAGUCGGUGUCCGGCGUAACCGCCACCAACAUGUCGCUUGAUACCAUGCACUGCACCCGGUGCGAUGAAGGGUUCGAGCCACACGAACGCAUCGUCAACUCGAAUGGUCAGCUCUGGCACACACAAUGCUUUGUGUGUGCCCAGUGUUUCCGCCAAUUCCAAGACGGCAUCUUCUACGAGUUCGAGGGUCGCAAGUACUGCGAAAAGGACUUCCAUAUACUCUUUGCGCCAUGUUGCAACAAGUGCAACAAUUUCGUCAUCGGGCGCGUCAUCAAGGCAAUGGCGGCCAACUGGCAUCCGCAGUGUUUCACCUGCGAGCUGUGCAGCGUUCCGUUAGCGGAUUCGGGUUUCAUUCGCAACCAGAACCGGGCUCUCUGUCACGAUUGCAAUCGCCACGUGAAGAACUCUGAAACCAACACGCACACUUGCAACAAGUGCCACGGUAAUAUCGAGGGAAAACCUUUGCGUUUCCGAGGCGAGGUCUAUCAUGGAUAUCAUUUCAAUUGCACUGCUUGCGGCACGGAGCUGGAUUCGACAGCCCGAGAGGUGAAGAACCGUAGCGGGUACGCGGCCAAUGAUAUGAACGAGCUGUACUGUUUGCGGUGCCAUGACCGAAUGGGCAUCCCCAUUUGUGGUGCCUGCCGUCGACCGAUCGAGGAGCGUGUUGUUACAGCACUCGGAAAGCACUGGCAUGUUGAGCAUUUCGUGUGCGCCAAAUGCGAGAAGCCUUUCCUUGGCCAUCGUCACUACGAGAAACGUGGGCUGGCGUACUGCGAGACCCACUAUCACCAGCUGUUCGGCAAUCUGUGCUUCGUGUGUAACCAAGUGAUCGCCGGUGACGUUUUUACGGCGCUCAACAAGGCCUGGUGCGUACAUCACUUUUCGUGCUCGAUCUGCGACCAGAAGCUGGACCAGAAGUCCAAAUUCUUCGAAUACGACGAAAAGCCGGUCUGCAAAAAGUGCUACGAGCGUUUCCCGCCCGAGCUUCGCCGUCGGCUGCGCAUUUCACACGAAAAUACUCUCAAAAAGGCAGGCCCCUAAGCAGAAGAAAAGUGUGCCGUGCAUAUCGAUUCUCCCCUAUCGAGGGGUCAAAAGUUUAUCAACUGUGCCAACGUAAAAGCGUCAAAUGGAAUUGUAUUGUCUCAAGGGACCUACGAACGAUUUAUUUAACUUUCUAUUAAUUACGAGUACUUUGACUCACAAACACUAACAAACACGAUGUUACAAAGCGAGCAUGUCUGUACAAGAACAAAACGCGCAACGUCCGAUUUGUUUUCUGUUCAGAUAAGAUUGUACGAGUCUCCUUGUGCUCUUAGCUGCGCGGAAACAAUAGAACCAGUACAGAAACAAUACAACAACAAAUUGCGCCAAUUUUCUCACGUCACUAAGUGAUCAUGUUAAUUUUUGAAACACGUUUUACAUACUUCUUAACGAAAACGAUGAUCGUAGUGGAUUUCUUUCAACGUAUUUGUUACUGGCCCCUAACGCUCUAACAACCUCAAGUAACGUGUAUCCAGUGUGUGCCUUUUUAAAACAAUAUGUAUUAUGUAAUAUGUAUGGAGCGUGAAUAAAUCAAUACUAUUUUU